AUGUCCAAAAGAAUAGUGGCCAUUACAUCAAAGUUACUCGAUGGGAACAUUCUUGCGAGGCCAAAUGUCACGUUGAAAAUUAAAUAUACAUUGCCAUCCAUACAAACGGGAAACCAGAGGGCUGGCUUCCAUUCUUCAAGACAAAAACAUAGAACAAAAAAUGCCAACAUUUCAUUUUCGAACGAAUACGGAUCUUUCAAGAACUCUAACUCAUGUUUCACCAAAAUAGGUUCAACCAGAAAAUUUAGCUCUUCCACAGACGAAGCCUUUCGUAGAUUUCGUAGCUUUGCAAAUGGUGAGCAAUUCACUAAGGUAUUUGUUGAUUCGGCAUUAUCAUAUACUGUUUCGGUUGCUUAUUCCCCAAAAGAUAGGUUGAAAAACAAUGCAUCAGCAGACGACGGAGUUUAUGAUGAUGGUGAGUUUGUCCAGAACUUUAAACUGUUGAAUGCUAAGAAUGUAUACGAAUCUCCAACAGGUGAAGAUAACUAUAUAUUGGCAUAUACUGAAAUUGGUAUCGUUGUUGGCGUAUUGGAUGGUGUUGGUGGGUGGGCUGAACAAGGUUAUGAUUCGAGUGCCAUCAGCAGAGAGUUGGCCAACAAAAUAACUAAAAUUUACUUGGAGUCACCAAAGUUGACUCCUAUGGAAAUAUUAAGCCUAGCUUAUGAACAAGUGAAGGAAGAAGGGAUAGUCAAAGUUGGUUCAACAACUGUUUGCUUUGGUAUAAUUGACGGUAACAAUGGAAGAUUGUCAACCUUGAAUCUAGGUGAUUCAUGGUUUGGUGUUUUCCGUAAGGACGAGAACGAAAAGUAUAAGUGUAUCCAACAAUCUUCAGAGCAGGUGCACUAUUUCAACGCACCUUAUCAGCUAUCAGUAAUCCCACAAGAUUUCUUAGAUGCUGCAAAGAAAAGAGGAACCGCUUAUCUAAUGAACGAACCUGAUGAGUGUGAUAAUUAUGAAUCUAAGUUACGCAGUGGUGACAUUGUGGUCUUUACAACCGAUGGUAUGGUUGAUAAUAUUCUUCCAGAAGAUAUAGAACUUUACUUGAAUGACAAUGUCAAUGAUGGUGUCAACUUAAAUGAGAGCUUGGGCAGCCUAAACAAGAAUCUAGUUCAGCAGACUACAGUGUUGAGUUUAAAUACCAAUUAUAAGAGUGUGUUUUCCCAGAAAUUAACUUCUCUGACUAAUCAAGAUUAUAUUGGUGGUAAACCAGACGAUAUAACUUCAGUUAUGGUUUAUGUUAAAUAA